GUGCGGAAGAAGAGCAGUCAGGCCAGUCUAGUCUAGUCCGUACUUGUCAUUUUUCCUGCAGACUAUGUGCGCCGCAGGGAAUGGCGGAGGCCAGCGCGCUUGAGGAGCUGCAGUCGGAGCUCACCUGCCCGGUGUGUCUGGAGCUGUUCCGAGACCCGGUCAUCCUCGAGUGCGGACACCACUUCUGCCAGACGUGCAUCAUCCAGUGCUGGGAAGCGAAGGCGGACGAGCUUUCGAGCUGCCCAAAGUGCAGAAAGUCGUGCGCUCAGAAAGUGCGCCCCAACUCUCUGCUGUGUAACGUGGUGGACAGCGUGCGCAGAGCCGGCGUGAUGGACGCGGCGGGGCCGGCCGACUGGGAGCCCGACGCCGCUUCGGCUCCGCACAUGCCGGAGGAGCGGGAGCCCGGCUCCAGCAUGAGCAGCCUGGCCUCCUCCACCGGCCACUGGCCGCACCUGGUCACGGACAUGUGUGAGGAGCAUGAGGAGAAGCUGAAGCUGUACUGCGAGGACGACCAGCUGGCCAUCUGUCUGGUGUGCGGCAUGUCCCGGGACCACAAGACCCACAAUGUCAUUCCCAUCACAGAGGCCUUUGAAAACUACAGGGACAAGCUGGCCUUGGCUCUAGAGAGGGUUCAGCUGCAGACAGAGGAGGCAACGCUGUUUCAGAGAGAGACCAAUGAAAAGAUCCUCCUCAUUAAGGAGCGAGCAGGAGAUCUGGAAGAGCUGGUCACUGCAGAGUUUGGCCGACUUAAGGAGUUCCUACUUGAGGAGGAGGAGCGUAUGAAGGAGAAACUGCAAAAGGAGAAAGAGGAAAAGCUUAAACAGCUGGAUGAGGCCCUCACUCAGGCAACUGAGCAGAUCAGCCAACUGGAAAACACUGCUGACGAACUUCGCCUCAAAUUGAGGGAGGAAGAAAAUCCAGAGCAACUCAAGGGGAUCAAGGAUUUCAUUGGAGGGGCCGAGAGCUUGUUUGAGUGUCCCCCGGAGGUUAGCGUGGAACUGCAGUCAGGAGAAUUUCUGGGACCUUUGCAGUACAGGAUCUGGAGGAAAAUGAGCUCAGUUGUUAAUCCAGGUGUUGUCCCAAUAACCCUGGACCCGGACACAGCCUAUCCCUGUCUUUGGGUGUCACCCUGUCGUACCAGCGUCCAGGUGGGAAGAAUCCAGCCAAACCUGCCCAACAACCCUGAGCGUUUCACUCGUUACAACAUCGUCCUGGGCUCUGAAGCCUUCUCUUCAGGAAGACACUACUGGGAGGUGGAGGUGGGCUCCAAAACAGCUUGGGGUCUAGGUGUGGCCAGAGCCUCCGUCAACAGGAAAGAGGAGAUCUGCCUUUGCCCGGAUGAUGGUUUUUGGACCAUGGUGCUGAGGGACAAAGGCGAUGGCACCAGCGAGUAUGAAGCAUGCACCGACUCAGAGGAGAACUUAAUAUAUCCCCCCAAACCCCCCAGAAGGAUAGGGGUCUAUUUGGAUUACACACGUGGUCGAGUGUCUUUUUAUGACGCUGGAGACAUGAACCACCUCUUCACCUUCUGUGAUGCGGAAUUCAAAGAGCCCAUUUAUCCCUACUUCAACCCCUGGCCAAUCAUCAACAGACAAAACCGGGAGCCGCUCACCAUUGUUACGCCACACUACUGAUCGGUGCCGGUUUGAUCAGAGAUCUUACAUGAAACUGCGAAAGAAGAUGGUCAAUUUUGAUGGACUCAUGAGCAUUCACAUACUUGCCUUAUAAAGACUUUUUUGCCUUCUAGUGAUGAAAUUGCAGCCAACCUUGAAGAAAGGGGACAAGUAGAUACAACAAAGAGCUUUUUAGAAGAACAACCCAACAAAUUCCAUGAAAAGUCCAAAUUCAGACAAUGAUUUGAUUCUGACAAAUAAUAUCUUUGUAGCCAAAACUUAAUUUAAUUUGUUAAUUCCUCCUAUAGAUCAGUUACUGAUUGAUCAAUUGUGGACAGUAUGAGUUCAUGCAGACCAGAAAGUCAACUCACCUCAGCCCUAAAACUUGAACUGGCAGCUCAGCUGAUCUACACGUCCAGUUUGCAAAUCUCCUUCAGGAUGCAGUAUUAUUCCUCUUGCCUUCGCUGCCUCCUUCAGGCUCCACCUCCCAUCCUUGCUCUCAAGUGGUGCGUGACUGAAUCAAUAACCUGCCGUUGUUACUGUUUUCCAUGUGAGUUCAUGGGCGCACACGUGCAUCCCAGAACAAAGUGGCUCUGAAUGAACUAUUGUCUGAACAAACACUUGAACAAACACUUGAUAUGUCAGCAUGACGAUCAGUGGUUCGUACUUCUUCCUACUGAACAUUCAGCAGGGGAAUCAUUUGUGUUUAAUCCAUACCUCACAAAUGUACCAUUUCUUGUUUUUGGAGUAAUAUUUGAAGAAAUGUCUCUGGAGUUGAAUAAAUUAGAAACGUGGAUACGGUACAACUGUUUCUAUAAAUGUAGACAGGCUUUAAUGUUGCAGUUUGGUGGUAAGAUUAAAAUACAGGUAAUUUUGCUGGUGUUUAAAAAAAAACAACUUUAUUUUGUGCAGUUUUUGUAACAUCUAACAAGAUUGCAAGAUUAAUUUAGAGGUUUUGUUAAUCCAAUACCCUUAUUUUCAUGAUAAUUUGAUGCCAUAAAGUAUAUAGUAGAUUUAUACAAGUUAUGAUCUCCCUAAUCCUUUACAUUAUGGAUUUCAAACCACCUUAAAAUAUAUCCAUCACUACUCAUCUAAAAACUAAUUCUAAUGUGUCUCAGUAUGUUCUGUAAAACUGAAGUGAAUUGAAAAUAUUUGGCAUGAAGUUUUAAUAACAUGAAUAAACUUAUUCAGGAUUCAGACAUUUGAUCUAUGCUUUGCU